AUGCGUCUGCUUUCCCAUCUUCUUUUGGCAGCCACUGUUUCUGUCGGUUCUGCUGCGGUCCCGCACCCAAAGAGGGCUACGGCACGAACAAGCCCGCCAAGUGGCUGUAAAGUCGUGCAACAGGAUACAACCACCAGCGGAUACUAUUCCACCAUUUCGGCUGCUGUUGCUUCGCUCUCGGGUACUUCUGCCGCAUGUAUCUUCAUAUACAGUGGAAGCUACUCUGAGAACUUCACUAUCAGCUAUGAAGGCCCUUUGACGUUGUAUGGCUACACCACUAAUGUCGGCGAUUAUCGCAACAACGCCGUAACUAUCACUCACUCCUACUCUUCUCCUGCUGCCGGAAACCUAGACGCAAGCAGCACCGUGAAUGUCAGAAGUUCCAACUUCAACAUGUACAACAUCAACGUGAAAAAUACCUAUGGGGCAGGAGCGCAGGCAGUCGCGUUGACAGCAAAUGGUGACAAGCAAGGCUACUAUGGGUGCGGCUUCUACGGUUAUCAAGAUACGUUAUACGCAAAGUCUGGGUACCAGUACUAUUCAAAUUGCUAUGUGGAAGGCGCUGUGGACUAUAUUUUUGGGAAAGCAGCUGCAUGGUUUGGGGAAUGCACUCUUGCCUCAAAUGGUGGCGGGGCUAUAACCGCCAAUUCCCGAGAGACGAGCUCCGAUCUAACUUGGUAUGUCAUUGACAGCUCAACGAUAACUGCCGCGUCGGGGAAAAGUCUUACUGGCGCUGUCUAUCUCGGUCGUCCCUGGCGUGUCUUGGCGCGAGUCAUAUUUCAGCGAUCCACCCUCACGGAUGUGGUGAAUGCUAACGGCUGGACCACGCUGGCCACCGAUGCUACCCCAAUAUUUGAGGAGUUUGGCAAUACUGGGGCGGGAUCUUCAACAACAUCUCGCCAAUAUCUAACUGCAGCAACAGCAAUUGUGACAAAGUCUCAGCUAUGGCCCAAUGGAUACAGUUGGAUCGACACCUCUUACUAA